GCCUCAUAUUGUCAUUUUCAUCUGUCUCUCAUUGCAUAGUGGAAAAAGUCUUUAACAUUAUAAUAUAAACACACACCCACCAAAUAUUAUCUUACAUUAUAUAUAAUUAAUCAACAUCGGUCCAUAUACUAAGAAUUAUACAAAAGAAUUCAAUCAUGGAGGCUUCAGGUUUGGCAAGGUCUACUACAUCUUUUAGAAGGCAAGGCUCCUCAGGAUUGGUAUGGGAUGAUAAGGUUAUAACAGGAGAAUUUAAUCAAAACAAAGAAAAAGCUCCCGAAAAUAAUGGAAAUUUGCAGAGAAGCCGCUCCGCCGGAGGAGUCAUGUACAGAGCUAUGAAGGUGUCGUCCCCGCCGAGGGUAGACCCUCCGUCUCCUAAAGUCUCCGGCUGUGGUUUAUGUGGUAUUUUUGGCAAACAAGUUUCGGGUAGUAAUAAUAAUAACAAUCAUCGUCAACGUAAAUCAAGAAAGCGUUAGUCAUGAAUCAUAAUAUUAGUAAUUCUGUAUGAUGUACAUGCACGGGCGGAAUCGAGGGGCGGGAUGGACGAUCGUUCCGUAAUCGCAAUUUCAUGCAGUCUCCGAUUGGUAUCAUUUUUCUCGUCUCAAUCCGUUUGUAUACAUAUGCUUGUAAUUUGUGAGCAAAGACAAUAGUGAUUGAUCAAAACAUUUAUAUAUAUUAUCAUUAUCGUGUUUUGGUGUGUUAAGAAAUUUAUAUUUCUUGUUCUUUGUUAUGUAUCUGAACUUUAAGACGUUUUUGUUUGUGUAUGAGAAUUUAGUUUCUUGGAGAAAGGUACAAAGUGAACUAAGAUUUAAUUA